CUCUCGUUUGCUCACCUCAGACAUUAUCGUAUUGUGGUCGAUCGUCUGCCUUCCGGCCACUCCAGACUCACUACUGUUGCUCAGAUCUGCAACACACGCUCGCUUCACAUAUCGAUUUAUCGCUUUCCCCUUUACAAUGAGAUUUUCGACCUUGAUUGCGCCUGCCCUUGGGCUAGCAGCCUUCGUGGCGGCAGCAGAUUUUGAAGACCCAGCUGGAAAGGUAGCUGGAAAGCCAGCUGGAGACCAAGCUGGAGACCGCGUUGGAGACCAUGCUGGAGACCUAUCUGGAGACCACGCUGGAGACCACGCUGGAGACAACGUUGGAGACCACGCUGGCGACCACGACCACGCUGGAGACAACGUUGGAGACCACGCUGGAGACCGCGACCACGCUGGAGACAACGUUGGAGACCACGCUGGAGACAACGUUGGAGACCACGCUGGAGACAACGUUGGAGACUACGCUGGAAACCAUGCUGGAGACAACGUUGGAGACCACGCUGGAGACCAUGCUGGAGAACCAGCCGGUGUUAUCUGGAAGACAGAAGUUGUUCCAAGUUACAUCACAUUCUGCCCGGUACGGAACCUCCCCUGGCGUUAAUGCAUGGGAAGAAGCAGCUCUGACAGUCACCAUAGUCUCCCACCACAUUCGAGUUCCACAACGUCACUUAUUCUGUGACUGAGCCAACCACCCUCACCAUCACGAGUAAGCCCACAGAGCAAGAUCCGAGCCGGUUGAACCUUGACUAACACAUCCAAUAGAAGAGUGUCCCUGCACCAUUAGCUACACGCAACCCCACACGGUGACCGCCACGUCUACCUUCGUCCCACCACCUCCGCCGCAUACCUCUACCGU